GUAUAUUAAGACUCGCAAGGAUAACGAUUUCGUUUUCUCACAAAACAAGCCUGUGCUCGAAGAUUUUCAUUCAUCAGAGAUCAUAUUCUCCCGCAACAAUCCAACCCACACGAUGGCGGAUAUUCCAGAGACAAACAGCCACAACUUCAUCGAAUCGCUUACCGAGCUCAAGCCGGCUGCUAAGGAACUAUUGAUUGACUAUGCUGGCGUACCAGAAUCGGAGGCUUUGCAACACGUCCACAAACUGAGGGACAAAGCCUGGGAAACCUGUCCAUAUGGCUGUGUUGGUGUUUUUGCAUUUACGUGGCCAGGCAUCAGUCGAGUUUACGUUUAUCAGCAAGUCCUAGAUCGCGUCAAGUCUGGAGAUAAACUUCUGGAUUUAGGCUGCGGUUUUGGGCAGAACAUUCGUAAGUUAGUGUAUGAUGGAGCUCCGUCAGAAAAUAUUACCGGCGCAGACAUUUCUCAGGCGAUGGUGGACUGUGGCUUUGAGUAUUUCCGAGAUCGAGACAGGCUCAAGACCAAGUUCUUCAUCGGCGACGUGUUCGAUGAGGACGCGCCAGCGUACAAAGACGUGGCAGGACACUUUGACCUUGUGUAUGCGUCCAUGUUUUAUCAUCUGUGGGACUGGGAUGGCCAAGUCAAGGCAUUCAUCCAAACAAUCAAAUUGCUAAAGCCUGUCCCGGGAUCUAUGAUUUUUGGUUUCCAGCUUGGAGCGACACCUGCUGGAGAGGUUCAACGAAAACGAGCAGGCAAAGAAUCGCUGAAACAGAUGUACACUUAUCAGCAUGACGAGGAAAGCUGGCGGGCCAUGUGGAGAGAAAUUGAGACCAAGACCAGCACAAAAUGGGAUGUAGACGUGAAGGGCAUUGUAACUCCAGAGAUUGAGGAACGGAGGGGUAUUGUGCCUACUCGAGAGGGAAGCAGCAUCAUCGGGGUGGUCUUCACUAUGACAAGGCUCUGAGGCAAUGGUUUCAACACGAGGAAACGGUGUGUAGUGGAACGAGAUGUCAUUCGGAACUAGAGUAGAAUGAGCAUAGAUGCGUUGUGGAGGUCUUCUCAUUAUCCAAUCGGGACCAGAACGGAUUACGGUUCAUGAAAUAGCGUGUACCGAACGUUCCGUGACCUGUUCAGCACAUCUGUCGAGUGUGACAACGUACUCUUUCGCGUCUAUACCGGCGCAGUUAGUUACCACAAACGGAAAUCGGAAAAAAUUUGGGACAGUUGCG